GCAGAAGUUGCAAACUUUGCGCCUGCGCCCACCGGGCUUGCACCUGUAGGCUCAAGUCGCGCAUGCGCUAGAUGGGAACGUUGUUUCUUCUCCCCUACGCUUUUUCUGUGGGGCUGUUUUAGGGAGAGUGCUUCCAGGUCGAAAGGCUUGCUUCCGGAGAGCGGGAAGGCUAAAACGCGGUAACUAAACUGGAGCCAACCUUGGUUCUGUAUGGAAAAGGCUUUAGCCAUGGACAGGAGUGGCUUUGGAGAUAUAUCAUCCCCUGUAAUCCGGGAGGCAGAGGUGACACGGACUGCACGGAAACAGAGUGCUCAAAAAAGAAUUUUAAUUCAGGCAUCUCAAGAUGAAAAUUUUGGUAAUACUACACCAAGAAACCAGGUUAUUCCUCAAACUCCUAGCUCCUUUCGACAGCCUUUUACCCCAACAAACCGAAGCUUACUAAGGCAGCCGGAUAUUUCCUGCAUUCUUGGAACAGGAGGGAAGUCGCCUCGACUUACACAGUCUUCAGGGAUCUUGGGAAAUCUCUCCAUGGUUGCUAAUCUGGAUGACAGUAACUGGGCAGCUGCAUUUUCAUCACAGCGUUCCGGGGUCUUCACAAACACAGAGCCCCAUGGUGUAACAGAAGAUAUAACUAUCAGUGCUGUUAUGUUACGUGAGGAUGAUCCUGGAGAAGCUGCAUCCAUGAGUAUGUUUUCUGAUUUCCUGCAGUCUUUUCUGAAGCACUCUUCGGGUACAGUUUUUGAUCUUGUGGAAGAGUAUGAAAAUAUUUGUGGUAGUCAGGUGAAUAUACUGAGUAAAAUAGUGAGUCGAGCAACACCUGGACUUCAAAAAUUUUCUAAAACAGCCAGUAUGCUCUGGCUUCUUCAACAGGAGAUGGUCACAUGGAGGCUGCUGGCUUCUUUGUAUAGGUUUGCAGUUACUACUCUUAAUGCCAGUGAAAAAACAGUUGUGGAAGCAUUAUUUCAGAGAGAUUCACUUGUUCGACAAAGUCAGCUGGUGGUAGAUUGGUUAGAGAGUAUUGCCAAAGAUGAAAUUGGAGAAUUUUCUGAUAAUAUUGAGUUUUAUGCAAAAUCAGUAUAUUGGGAAAAUACUCUGCAUACCUUAAAACAACGGCAGCUGGCUUCUUACGUUGGAAGUGUUCGUCCGCUUGUCACUGAAUUGCCUAAAGUCAAACAGAUAAGGGAUUUUUUAGAAAGAAAAACAGGGCCAGCUUGUGAUAUAUUGGUUAUACUUUACUAUAAAGCACAAGUACAUUUUCACUGCCACCCUGGUUAUUGGACUGACUGCUCUUUCUUGUUUCCUAAGGCACAACGACUCUGUAAACGCUGUGGUCAAGCAUGGAGAGCUGCAACACUUGAAGGCUGGAAACUGUAUCAUGACCCUAAUGUUAAUGGAGGAGCAGAAUUAGAACCUGUUGAAGGGAAUCCAUAUAGACGCAUUUGGAAAAUAAGUUGUUGGAGAAUGGCAGAAGAUGAGCUUUUUAAUAGAUACGAGAGAGCAAUUUAUGCAGCCUUAAGUGGGAAUCUUAAGCAGCUGCUUCCUGUUUGUGACACCUGGGAAGACACAGUGUGGGCCUACUUCCGGGUGAUGGUGGACAGUCUGGUAGAACAGGAAAUCCAGACAUCAGUAGCAACUCUGGAUGAAACUGAAGAACUCCCUAGAGAAUAUCUGGAAGUAAAUUGGACCUUAGAAAAGGUUUUUGAGGAACUUCAAGCUACUGAUAAAAAGAGAGUUCUGGAAGAGAAUCAAGAACAUUAUCAUAUAGUUCAAAAGUUUCUUAUCCUGGGAGACAUUGAUGGUUUGAUGGAUGAGUUUAGCAGAUGGCUUUCCAAAAGCAGAAACAAUCUACCUGGACACCUUCUUCGCUUUAUGACUCACCUCAUUUUGUUUUUCCGUACACUGGGACUACAGACCAAGGAAGAAGUUUCUAUUGAAGUUUUAAAGACAUACAUACAGCUUUUAAUAAGUGAGAAACAUACAAAUCUCAUAGCAUUUUAUACCUGUCAUUUGCCUCAAGACCUAGCUGUUGCCCAAUAUGCUUUAUUUUUGGAAAGUGUUACAGAAUUUGAGCAGCGCCAUCAUUGCUUGGAGUUGGCUAAAGAAGCAGAUUUGGAUGUUGCAACAAUAACAAAAACUGUAGUUGAGAAUAUUCGAAAGAAAGAUAAUGGUGAAUUUAGUCAUCAUGACCUGGCCCCAGCCCUAGAUACUGGCACUACUGAGGAGGAUCGUUUAAAAAUUGAUGUAAUUGACUGGUUGGUAUUUGACCCAGCACAGAGAGCAGAAGCACUGAAACAAGGCAAUGCAAUUAUGAGAAAAUUCUUGGCAUCAAAAAAGCACGAAGCUGCAAAAGAAGUAUUUGUGAAAAUUCCUCAGGAUUCUAUAGCAGAAAUCUAUAAUCAGUGGGAGGAACAAGGAAUGGAAAGUCCACUUCCUGCUGAAGAUGAUAAUGCUAUCAGAGAACAUUUGUGCAUCAGAGCUUAUUUGGAAGCCCAUGAAACCUUUAAUGAGUGGUUUAAGCACAUGAGUUCAGUUCCACAAAAACCUACUUUGAUACCUCAACCAACUUUUACUGAGAAAGUGGCUCAUGAACACAAAGAAAAGAAAUAUGAAAUGGAUUUUGGUAUUUGGAAAGGGCAUUUAGAAGCCCUAACUGCUGAUGUGAAGGAGAAAAUGUAUAACGUCUUGUUGUUUGUUGAUGGAGGGUGGCUGGUGGAUGUUAGAGAGGAUGCUGAAGAAGACCAUGAAAGAACACAUCAAAUGGUUUUACUGAGAAAGCUUUGUCUGCCAAUGUUGUGUUUUCUGCUUCAUACAAUAUUGCAUAGUACUGGUCAGUAUCAGGAAUGUCUACAGUUAGCAGAUAUGGUAUCCUCUGAGCGCCACAAACUAUAUCUGGUGUUUUCUAAGGAAGAGCUAAGGAAGUUGCUGCAGAAGCUAAGAGAGUCCUCUCUAAUGCUCCUAGACCAGGGACUUGACCCAUUAGGUUACGAAAUUCAGUUAUAGUUGAUCUACUCUUUGUAAUCUCACUGAUUUUCGUGAUAAAUGACGUUUUUAAUAAAAUAUACCUGUUAUUAGUAAUUUUUUCUUUUGCACCAUGUAAAAUUUAGACAUUUGAAUUUUGUACUUUUCGGAAUAUUAUGGUGACACUUUGAAAAUGUAAUGUAUGUAUAUCAGUGUUUGUGCUUAUUAAUAAAACUAUAUAAAAAUUAAAAUUUUCUGUUUUUACAAA